AUGAAUUCAGAUAUAUUAUAUAAUCCAUAUUAGUCCACUGUAUAUUAUUUCCAAUAAUUUACAAAUUACUAAUAGCAAUUUAUUCCAUAUAGUAAUUAAAUGUUUAAAUUAGCUUAAAAGUGAUAAUAUAAUAAUAGAAUGUACCAAUGUAGUUUACAUAAUUAAAUUAUGAUUUGAGAGUAUAGCCAAUAAAUAACUAUACAAAUUAUUAAUAAGAUGUACCAGAAAUUAAUAAUAUUGACUUAAAUAAUCAUUUAACUUAAGUAGAGUUAGGAUUUUAAGAAAAAUCCCCAUCAAAAGAAGAAGACUCUUAAGUAAGAGUUAAUGGUAAGAAUUUCUUAUAUAUAUAGGUCAUUGGACAAACUAAGAACAUUUAUUAUAUUUAGAGUUUGUAAAAAAUCACGAAUCCAUCUUAAAAUCAAAAUAUGACAAAAAAUCUAAAAAAAUAUUCAAAUUAAUGAGUUAAUACAUACCAACAAGAAACGCUACUUAGUGCAGAUCGCAUCAUUAAAAGUUUAAUCCUUUAAUUAAAAGAAAAUUAAAGAAAUCAUUUGGUUAUACUCCUAUUGUGAUUCCUCCAUAGAGUUGA